AUGGCCAUCACCCAAAUUCCCCGCGGCCCUGUUACCGCCCAGCUGAACUUCUUCAAGCCACCAGCGGAUGGUUCAGUACCUUACAACAAUCUCGGCCUGCCACGAGGCAGCCCCGAUGGUCGCAACUAUGGAACCGAUUCACACCAAGUCAGAAUCGAGGACAUCCGCGGCCGCGAGUCCGAGUUCAAUCUAGAUCGGGACGCUUUCGCGGUUGUCCAGGGUGUUCCUCCGUCCCGCGAGGUAGACUUUGUGGACGACGAGUCCAUCAAGGAGAAGUACUACCCCGAGGUGGAGAAGCUUCUCCUGGAGCAGAUCCCCGGGAGCAACAGAGUCGUCUUUUUUGACCACACAGUCCGUCGGUCCUCGCCCGUUGCAGACCGUGGCCCUGUGUUGCAGGUGCAUAUCGAUCAAACGGCAAAGUCGGCGGCCAUGCGAGUACAUCGCCAUCAACCUGAGAUAGCCGAGGAGCUUCUCAAGGGACGCUACCGCAUUGUCAAUGUCUGGCGUCCUCUCAACAAGCACCCGAUUGAGGCGUCCCCGCUGGCCAUGGCCUCCUCCUCAACACUAGAGGAUAAGGACGUCGUUCCUGUGGAGCACCGCUACCCCAAUGGGUACACAGGCGAGACGGCCGGGAUCAAGUACAAUAAGGAUCAACGUUGGUACUAUCUCAGUGGCAUGAAGGGAGACGAGCGCUUCUUGAUCGAGUGCUUCGAUAGUGAUAGCCUGAAAUCGGAAUCGCGCGUUCAAGGGGGUCGGGUGGCUCAUACUGCCUUUGAGGAUCCCAGGACCAGACCUGAAGCUGAGGGUCGGGAGAGCAUUGAAGUGCGGGCUUUGGUGUUUGGGCCAUGA